AUGGGGAGUAGGGUUCCGGUGCAGCAGCAGUACACCAUGAGAACGCCGCCGCCGAAUACCUUCCUCGCCGCCGCCAGCAGCCCUCUCCACGACCUCAACGAUCCCCGCUCCGCCAAGCUCGACUCCAUCGCCGCCGACAGCCUCGACAACGACGAAGACGACUCCAGCGCCGGCGUCAGCGACUGCAUCCAUGACUCGUACUCCAACUCUCUGCCGGUUCACGGCGUCGGCGUGGAGGAUGAGCCGUCUAGCCUCGACAACGACGGGUCGUCUAGCUCCAGAGCUCCUCCCUACGACAUCGACAUGGUGUCGCUUCAAGAUGUGUCGCCGAUUGAGUCAGCUAGGGCGAGAUUUCUGCAACUUGUGGUGGAUCAUUUUCUUAGCCAACAUGUGAUCCAAGCGAUUGAUAGUGAGGAUAGUGGCGGCAGUGGUUAUAGUGCUCGGUCUGGGCAAGAUAAGCUUAGUAAGAGGAAGCUUGGGGAGGUACAGGUUGAAGGAGACCCAAGGUUUGCGUUGCCGUUGAUGUAUGUUGCAAAUAUUUACGAAACUUUAGUUCAUGAAGUAGACACUAGGCUUGCUUCCGUGGGUGGAUUUCGCGAAAAGACUAUUGGUGUUGCUCUUGAAGCAGCUGGCGGUUUGUAUAGAUUGCUGGCUAAGAAAUUUCCCAAGAAAGGACCAUGUACAUUUAGAAGAAGAGAAUUGGCCACUUCUCAUGAAACGAGGGCAAGAUUUCCAGAAUUGGUUGUACAAGAAGAGAGGCGAAUCCGUUUUGUAGUAGUCAAUGGAUUGGAUAUUGUGGAAAAACCAAAUAGCCUACCUAUUGAUGAUGCUGAGUGGUUCAUAAGAUUGACUGGUCGGAAUGAAGUGGCUGUCUCUGCUCGAGACUUUAAGUUCUACUCUCCAAGACACAAGUGUAGGCGUGGUCCAUCAAACUCUUCUCCUAAUAUGCUCAGUUUACCUACGUAUCCUGGACCUGACAAUUCCUCUAUGUUGGCUGCUGCCCAAGGAUUCCGCUCCAUAAAUGAACCACAAAAUCAGCCGGAGACUCCAUCCAAGCAUCAUCAUAUGCAACCUCUAUCACUCCAGUCUCAGUUUCAAACUGUUCACCAGAACCAUCACCAAUCCAUGCACCAAAGUCAACACUCUGUUCACUAUUCCCAAAACCAUGAAUGCGGUCCAACCUCGCACCUCCCUGAUAUAGCUCAUGCUCACCAUUCGUCAACCUUAUCGCAACACAUGGCUUGCUUACAACAUGUAGGGGGACGCUUACAUGUAAUGCCAUCCAACCCCGCCAAGUUUUGCGACGAAUGCGGCACCCAGUACCUAAGAGAAACCUCCAAAUUCUGCUCCGAAUGUGGCGUCAAGAGAUUGGGUAUCUAAUCCCAUCUCUCCUCCAAAUCCCUUCUCCCCCAUCCCCAGCCUGACAUUUCCAUUUUCAAAGUCACGUUGGUUCCAAAAACAAACUCUGUGUAAAUUUGUAACUUAAUGUAACUUAAUGUAGCUGCUCGUCCAUAGGCAUCAUUUCACCAUUGAUGCCUCCAUAGAAUGUUGCAAAACCAAUUUGUUGGUAACAUGUCACUAUUACAGU